CAAACCGUUGAAAAUGUUUCCAAAAAAGUACCGUAAAAUCUAGGAAGCUAAUCACCGGUUCCACCUCCCCGAGAGUCAACAAUCGCGUGGUUCUCCGAUGCAUCGGAGACUCAGACUUUAAGCUGAUCGCAGUUAAUAGUAAAUUAACAAAACUCCAAUCUUUCAAGCGAAGGCGUUACUAUAUUUUCAAGCUUAAGAAAUGGCUUCUGAAAUCGAAUUCGCGCCGGACGCCAAAGAUCAGAAGAGCUCUACUGGUCAACAAAACCCUAACCAAGUAGUCGUGGUCGAUGUACACACUGCUUCUGCUUAUGGAGACUUCCAGAAGCUUCGCAAGUUCGUUGAGAACGACGGCGUUUCUCUAGCUCAUCCGGAUGAAAAUGGCUACUAUCCCCUUCAGUGGGCUGCGCUUAACAACUUCGCCGAUAUUGUGCAGUACAUUAUUGAGCAUGGAGGAAAUGUGCAUGCCAAUGAUAAUACAGGGGAGACGGCAUUGCAUUGGUCUGCUGUGCGUGGUUCGAUUGCGGCUGCAGAUGUAUUGUUGCAGAAUGGGGCACAGGUCGAGGUGGCUGAUUCUAAUGGCUACCGGGCAGUUCACAUAGCUGCACAGUGUGGACAAACAGCUUUUAUUUAUCACAUAGUUACAAAAUAUCAAGCAGACUUUGAUGUACCGGAUAAUGAUGGAAGAAGCCCUCUUCACUGGGCUGCAUAUAAGGGAUUUACUGAUACCAUCCAGUUACUGCUGUUUAGGGAUGCCUACCAAGGUAGACAAGAUAAAGAUGGAUGCACUCCUUUGCAUUGGGCUGUAUUAAGAGGAAAUUUAGAGGCAUGCAAUUUGCUGUUACAUGCUGGCACAAAGCAAGAAUUGACGGUAAAAGAUAGGGAAGGCUACACACCUGCAAAACUUGCAACCGACAAAGGGUAUCAGCAAAUUGCCCUUUUGCUUUCUAAUGCCGAAAGCGCACACAGCCAGCAAGGGAAAGCCAAAUUUUGUCCAAGAAUAGGAGGGGCUAAUGGUUAUGCCCCAAUCUUAUUCAGCGUAGUUGUUAUUAAUAUCAUUCUAUUCAUCAGUUCUGUUCUUCUUGCUCCUAAUCUUCCAAAGCCCACUGCUGUUGUUGCACUUUCCGGAUGGAUUGGUGUUUCCGUUGGAGUUGCAUCUCUCCUAAUGCUUGUUCGGUGUAGCAGUAAAGAUCCAGGUUAUCUUAAGACUGGGACUAGUAAACAUUCUGAUUCAGAAGAUACUUCGUUGAAUAUAGAUCUGAGUAAUUCUUCUGUUUGGACUGGGAAUUGGUCUCAACUCUGCCCUCCAUGCCAGAUAAUAAGGCCGCUUCGCUCCAAGCACUGCAAGACAUGCAACCGCUGUGUGGAACAGUUUGACCAUCACUGCCCCUGGAUAUCAAAUUGUGUGGGAAAGAGGAAUAGGAGAGACUUUUUCAUUUUCCUUUGCAUGGGUACUAUGACAUCACUAAUCGGGGCUGUUGUUGCCAUACAUAGAAUCUGGAUCCCUGUACCUGCAUUAGGAGAUGAUGAUGGUAUAUGGGUGCAUCAUUUGGUAUUUGAUCAUCCUCUUGUAUUCGCUUUUCUUUUUAUGGAUGGGGUUAUUCUCUUUGCUACGUUCACUUUACUCACUGUCCAAGCAUUUCAGAUUGCACGGAAUAUAACAACGAAUGAGUAUGCUAAUGCUGUCCGGUAUGGAUAUCUUCGUGAUCCUGAUGGGCGUUUUCACAACCCCAAUGACCGUGGUUGUCACAAGAAUUGCUCAGAUUUCCUGAUCCAAGGUUUUCUUAAUGAUAAUGAGAUUGCUUGGCCGCCUUUAUCCAAGGCUGUCCAGAAGAUUUGACCUUUUUUCAUAUAGGAGAUACAUAUGCUUGAUGCCCCACAUUGCCUAUGCUUGUGUGAUGUGUGCAAGCAAUACAUUUAUCUGCUCCAAUCAUUCUUCUCUCACUUUGUACCUUCACAGAAAUACACGUUAAAAUAGUGGACUAUAACCGAUGUGCAUUUUUUUUGCCCGUGACAUCGUAAUCUUGUUGUAAUCUGAAGUAGGGAGCUAAGGUUUGGUUUCACCUUGGGGUUCUGCUCGUUCUUGUUGUUUCUAUUUUUGAGGGUAGAAUCACAACAUCUUAUUGUCCGGUAAAGAGAAAGUAUAGGCAUCAGUGGAUGGCUUGGCAAAUGUAUGAUUUGAAUUGUAUACUCUCUAAUUCUCUAUUGGAAUUAAUUUUUUAAAUGGCUGAGAAUCCUGAGAUAAAGGAUGAAUCUAAG